AAGAGAAAAGCGAAAAUAGACGUCGGUUUUGCGCAGGACAGGGUUACAGGAGAUCUUUAAAGGACAUCUAGCGUUUCUAUAACGUGUUUAAUAAGGGAACUUUAUUCCUCAAUACAACUACAAUGGCAUUUCAUUUGCAGCCAUUUCAAACUCGGAUUUUUAAGCCAUUCUUCAAGACCAUAUUUGUGACCAGAGUUUAUUUUGAGCCUCACGCUAAUGUCGAGAAACUCUGUAGGGAAAUCAUUUCACAUCUGAAGAUUAAUAACAAAGUGAAUGUAGUAGAAAGUAAUGAGGAGGAGUGUGAUGUCAAAGUGGUCUUCUGUCCGAUCGUCUCGCGCGCUGGAACCGACAUUGACGCGGCUCUGUAUCGCCUUACACGUGAGAAGCCCACUAUUAUGAUUGUACUUCACCACACUUUUGACCCAGAGCACAUUGCACCAAGCAGCAGCAGCUGGGAUAUCGAAAAUGUGAUGAUGAUGGUGGACGUCUUGUUUCAUGAGGACUCAGGACUGCUGAAAUGUUCAAAUAAUAAUAAAGCAAUAGAAAGAGCCGAACACUACCUACAGAAAAUCUCCCAACCUCAGCGUGUUGUAAAUAUGCUUGCUGUUAUAUCUGCUGGUGUAAUUGUUUCAGCUAGUGUAUUUGCUUUGAAAAAACGUGACAAAUUGCAAAAAAAGAUAAUCUAUCUCUACUUAUAUUUUAAAUGGAUGCGGCAUUUCAACAUGUUCUCUUGGCGUGAAAGUACUGAUUCAGAUGAGUUUUAGAUAGGAUUUAGAUAAGCACUCUCAAACAACAAUGUAUUAGUAUCCAAAAGUCUAACAUUAGUUGCAGUCACAUAUAUGGUGUAUGGUCUCUGAAUAAUUGUUAUUUGUGUCCUGUAUUUCUGCUUUGCUGACUGGACAUACUGUAAAUAAAAACGUGCUAAAACGUG